GAGAGAGAGAAAUUAUUCAGCUUGGAUUGGAGGUUGAAGCAGAGAAGAGCAGAGCCUUGGUUUUCCACUUUCAAUUAUCUCGCUGGGGAGAAGAUAAUAUAUUAUUUAGUGAGAAGCUCAAAUUCUCUUCCUCUUUUGCUCGGGUUCUUUGAUAACUCUACGGGGUUCGUGGAAUUUCGAACUGGGUAUCAAGCUUUUGAUGCCAAGUUCCAGUAUGCGAUUCGGGUUCUUUCUUUCUGCGUGAAUCUCUUUCUGUCUCUUUUCUUUUUUGUGUUCUCGGAUUUGGGUCUCUUCUUUUGUUGGUUUUGGAGAUAUGAAUCCGAGUAACGGGAAGGGAUCGAUGCCAACGGCUAGUUCAAGCGCAGCUUGGAAAGCCGGUGACGUGGUUCCAGACCAGUUCCCGGCGGGGCUACGUGUGUUGGUCGUAGAUGAUGACCCCACAUGCCUUGUGAUCUUGGAGAAGAUGCUCAGGGCUUGUCGUUAUGAAGUUACCAAAUGCAAUAGAGCGGAGAUCGCAUUGUCGCUGCUUCGAGAGAACAAAAACGGGUUUGAUAUUGUUAUAAGCGAUGUUCACAUGCCUGACAUGGAUGGAUUCAAACUCCUGGAGGACAUUGGGCUGGAGAUGGACCUGCCUGUAAUCAUGAUGUCAGCAGACGAUGGGAAAAAUGUCGUCAUGAAGGGCGUGACUCAUGGUGCUUGUGAUUACCUAAUCAAGCCAGUGCGGAUCGAAGCAUUGAAGAACAUAUGGCAGCAUGUGGUUCGGAAGAGAAAGAAUGAGUGGAGGGAAUUGGAGCAGUCAGGUAGUGUAGAAGAGGGAGAUCGGCAGCAAAAGCCGUGUGAUGAUCUGGAUUAUUCAUCCUCAGCCAAUGAAGGGAAUUGGAAAAGCUCGAAGAAGAGGAAGGAUGAGGAGGAAGAAACAGAGGAGAGGGAUGAUUCAUCCACAUUAAAGAAGCCCCGGGUGGUUUGGUCGGUUGAACUCCAUCAACAGUUUGUGGCUGCUGUUAAUCAACUAGGCAUUGACAAGGCGGUCCCUAAGAAAAUUCUGGAGUUGAUGAACGUUCCUGGGCUCACUAGAGAAAAUGUUGCCAGCCACCUUCAGAAAUAUCGCCUGUAUCUUAGAAGGCUUAGUGGUGUUUCACAGCACCACAGUAGUUUGAAUAAUUCUUUCAUGAGUCCAGAAGCAAGUUUUGGACCGAUGUCUUCGCUCAAUGGGCUUGACCUUCAAACACUGGCUGUUACUGGCCAACUCCCAGCACAAAGUCUUGCUAAUCUUCAAGCAGCAGGACUUGGUAGGUCUACUGCAAAAUCUGGCAUUCCCAUGCCGCUGGUUGAUCAAAGGAAUCUAUUUAGUUUUGAAAACCCCAAGUCAAGAUUUGUAGAGGGGCAACAGCAACAUCUGAGCAGCAGCAAACCAAUGAAUUUACUUCAUGGAAUUCCAACAACUAUGGAACCGAAGCAGCUUGCCAGUUUGCAUCAAUCUGCACAAUCACUAGGGAACAUGAAUGUGCAAGUCAAUUCUCAUGGAGCACAGAGUAGCUCUUUGCUGAUGCAGAUGGCUAAAACACAAUCGAGAGGGCAUAUACUAAAUGAAUCUGCUGGCAGUCAUCUUCCUUCGCUUCCAUCAUCCAUAGGGCAGCCCAUUAUGUCAAACGGUAUUGCAGGUGGGGUUAUUGGAAGAAAUGAGAUUGGUGAUAAUGGCAGAGGGACAGGGUAUAAUAAUCAAGUUGCCCAAACUUCUUCAAUGUUAAGUUUUCCUAUGAACCACACCACAGAAUUAGUCGGCAACAGUUUCCCUAUAGGAAGUACUCCUGGGAUAUCCAAUGUCACAUCCAAAGGAGCAUUUCACGAAGAGGUUAGCUCAGAAAUAAAAAGUUCAGCAGGAUUUGUGUCCAGUUAUGACAUUUUCAAUGACCUGCACCCGGAAAAAUCACAAGAAUGGGAAUUACAGAAUGUUGGCUUGCACUUCAAUGCCUCUCAAAAUGCAAACCCUGUACAGGGCAACCUUGAUGUGUCACCAUCAGUUUUAGUUCAUCAAGGAUAUUCUUCUAGACAAGGUAGUGGACAGAACAGGAAUAUAUCGGCCUUGGGCAGGACAAUGUUCUCAGGGGUGGAAGCUACUGGUCAAGGGAAUGCACAAAUUAUGGAUCAGCAGCUUAGUAAUCUUAUUGUUGACAAUCCUGUCCGGGUCAAGUAUGAACGAUUUUCUGAUACAAGUAGUCAGAAUGCCCUCUUUGCAGAUCAUUUUGGUCAGGAAGAUCUCAUGAGUGCACUCCUCAAACAGCAGCAAGGAAAUACUGGACCAGCCGAACCUGACUUCGACUUUGAUGGAUACUCCAUCGACAAUAUUCCAGUAUAGAAAAUGCUGCCAGCUCCAGUUCAUUCCAUGAUUGCUGUUUAUGUUGUACAUACUUGCUACUACAGAUGGAAUUUAACAUGCAAUCACACAAUGGAGAUUCUAUUCUCUACCUGGAAAGAGAGAGCUGCAUUAUUUCAGUUAUUCGCAUAUUCCAAUGUGAAUAGCCUGCUAUGCUGGCUUAACUUAACAUUUAAAGAUCAGACCAAUGGAUAGUUGAGAUGAUUGGGUUAAGUUGGAACAAAUGGUGAAGCAGGUAAGAUACCAUUGCAUGAUAUGCAAAGGUGUACAUGCAAAUUUUGACUGCUUUCUUUUAGUAGCAGAAUAUAGCAAGAAA